GUUGGGGGUGUGUGGUGCAACUAUGCUCGACCCUCAAGAGCUAACCCCCUUGCUGCAGUUGCUCAAUGAUGAGGACGAUAUCCUCGAGAACGUAGCACAGAAAUUCCACCGGACGUUCACGCGUAAUGAUCACUUCAAAGUGGGGUGCGCACUGUGCAUCUUGCUCUGCGACAAUUUGCUGACGCGCACUCAGCGUGUGGUUUCGUUCUCCAUCUUGUGCGAUCUCUACCGCAACGAUGCGAACGGAACGAACCCAUUCCUGCCGUUCUUCCUUGAAGCCAUCGAGAAAGGAACUGAUCCUGUUGAGAGGCAAUACCUUGUUCACCUGCUGUGCUCUCCACCGACAAACCGGAAUUCCGCUCGAAAAAAUGCUCUGCAAGUGAUUGAGGAGUACGAGGGCACCCCGGCUGAAGCGGUGGAGGUGCCGGAUCUGUCAGCGUUGCGGCAGCUAUACAGCGAGAAGAAUCCCGCCGUACCGAGCCUCAGAACGGCGGGCGUGCGACCUGUGCUGGCAGAUCCGUCCGAGAGCAGCAACGAAGUCGGGUCAUGGCUGCCGCCAAGACCCGAGGAGCAAGUGGGGAGGGCGCCAGGGGGGGCUGCUUUGCGAGGGGGUGUUGGAGGAAAGAGAGAAGCGCCGACCCCCAUUCAGCCACUAACGCUGGACGACAUGCGUCUCAGCGAAGGAGGGAGAGGGGGCUCCCUAUCCCUGGCAAGCUUCGAGCCGGAGUUCAUGCGUCCGGUUCCCCCAAUGCUCCCGAUUGCCGACUCCGAGGUGAUGUGGCUUAAUCCAGACUACGCUCCUCGCUUGCUGUGGGACACGAGUAUGGGGCAAGAUAGUUCCAAGGGGGCAGAGGUUCGAGACGUUAUGGCGAAAGCUUUUAAGGGACCACUGCUGCCUACCCAACAGCAGCAAGUGCUGAGUGAGUUGCAGGGGGAUACGCGACUUGUCUACCACUGCGGGCUGACGCCUUUUAAGUUGCCCGACCUAGUGGAGAACAACCCGAUGAUCGCGAUCGAGUGCCUGUUAAAGCUCAUGUCCUCCAGCCAGAUCACGGAGUACCUGAGCGCCUUGGUGAACAUGGACAUGUCGCUGCACUCAAUGGAGGUGGUGAAUCGGCUGACGACCAGCGUUGAUCUGCCAACAGAAUUCAUACACCUCUACAUCUCGAAUUGCAUCUCAAGCUGCGAAAACAUCAAGGACAAGUACAUGCAGAACCGAUUGGUUCGACUGGUGUGCGUGUUUUUGCAGUCUCUCAUAAGGAAUAAGAUCAUCAAUGUCGAGGAUCUCUUCAUCGAGGUGCAAGCAUUCUGCAUCGAGUUUUCUCGAAUCAGAGAAGCGGCGGGACUCUUCCGCCUCCUUAAGACUCUAGAAUAGCCGCGGCGACGUAGUACGGUAGAUGCCGAGGAAGACGAGAGCGCUGCGCUGGCAACGCGUGUUUUUUCACGGUACAGAGGAAUGUAGUACAGAAAGGAGUAUGUCCCUGUGGUUGAGAGGGUGUUCGAUUGUGCCGAUUUGUUUAGAUCUACUGUACACUCCCAAACGUGUGUUUGAUCCAGUCGAUUUAGGAGAGGUCAAACAUAAUGGCGAGCUGUUUCUCGUCUUUGGCGUUGAGAUCGAAACAAGAACAAUCACCGACAGAUUUCACGCAGGCAUACGAUAGUGAACGAUUCCUUGUUCCCUGGAGUAAGCAGCUGGACAUGUCCCGCGCCUCAUCUCUCGCUCCACGGCGGUCCUCCCAGCACAACGUGUGGGAGAACUGCUGACAAAGAAAGAGGAAUCAGUACUUCUAGGGAUGAAAUGUGCCGGGUUGGCAGAACUGACACAAUUUCCCCAAGCAUCACAAUACACAGCGAACCCAUUCUGUCUGGAUUCUACCCAUAGCUCCAUGCGGUGGCAUUGUCGGAGGUAUUGGAGGACGGUCUACCAAAACUGUAGUGCGUCGUUCGUAACUUCUCGGUCCAGCGGAGCCCCGUUCACCCAAUAUCGCUUGAGAUACUCCGUUUUUGGCGGUGAAUAUGAUCCGUCGGGAAUCCUGGGUAUUCGGUUCGUCGGGAACUUCAACAAGCCGCUGAUGUCACAGCUCCCU